ACGCAAAAUGAGUGAAUCUACAUUUUAAAAUAUGUCUACAUACAUCCGUAUAUUGAGUCCAUUUGAAAUGCCUAGAAAGACAAGUAUUUGGGAACGGAGGGAGUAGUUCAUAACGCCCUCAUUUUUUGCUUCUGUGUGCGAUUUUUAGCUGAGAGUAUUUUACGGGCAAAAUGCACGAAUUGGCGGAUUUGUGUGUUUGAACUAGCUCCAGAUUCUUGUUGGCAUGUUUCACCGGGGACCAUUACCAUGGGAUAUUUUCUAAAGCAUUCUCAAGUACACUUUCAUCAAGAUCAACGAGUACUUCCUAAAGCAUUCUGAAAGCACGACCAAGUGGAUUGGCGAGAAGAUGGACUAUCCAUUCAAGGUUCUAGAUUGGCUGUUGCAUCAAGCGCGGAAGUCCUCCAAACAACAAGUGAUCAAAUAUAAUGAAAAAGAAAUGAUCUAUCAAAUCGAUGAGCCGGGUGGGACAACAAGGGACGGUAGGUCCUAUGGUGGAGUUGCUUACGAGGUGCACAUGAAAAACCGUUGGUGCCGGUGUGAGAGGCCACACAAGUAUCAUUGGCCUUGCUCGCAUUUGAUGACCGCAGAACGGGCGAGAAACGUGCCCGUAUCCAAUGGCACAACGGUGCAGUUGCACAAGUUCACAUUGGAACGAACAAGGUUGACGUGGGCGCCUCGGUUUAAUCCUUUCCUUGAUGCCUCACGGUGGCCUGAGUAUCACGGCCCAGACAUUGUGCCAGAUCCCGCACUCAUGGUGCCUAUGAGGGGAAGAAGAAGAAAGAAGAGGUUCAGGAGUGACAUGGAUGAUCUAGCUGGAUACACCGGAAUGAAGCAAUUUGGUAGUGGUCAUUUCAUGGAGGCAUCGGACACCAACAAUUGUGGAGAAUGCAACGAAACAGGACACAACGUUAGGAGAUGCACGAAAAAACCUAGAACCAACAUGGGCACUAGUCAAACACGUGUAGGGAGGACUAGCCUUGGAGUGGGCCGUGGCCGUCGAGGAAGGACUAGCCUUGGAGGGGGCCGUGGUCGUGGAGGAAGGACUAGCCUUGGAGGGGGCCGUGGCCGUGGAGGAAGGACUAGCCUUGGAGGGGGCCAUGGUCGUGGAUCCGGUGGUUCUAGUACACGUCGGGUUGAUAGGGGAAGGCCUAUCGACGUGUUGCUCAAUCCGGAUGGUUGAAAUAAUGUGAAUGGUACUACUUUUAAUAUGUACAUGUGUUGAUAUAUUUGCCUUUUUACAUGUCAAUGUGUUCAUUUUUUGACUUAACAUCUUUAAUUGUUGUAGGCAUGGCUUCAUCCGGUUCCAUGACGAGGCCACCGUGUGCUAACCAAGAAGACAUGCCGCACAAGUGGGAGAACGCAUGUUUGGACAAGGUGAAGGAGAAAGAUGUGAAGAUUCCGCCAUGUUGGUGUGGAGAUGUUUGCAAGGUGAAGGUGUCCACCGACCGAAAGAAGUCAUGGACGGAAGGAAGGAGAUAUUUUGUAUGCCCCAACUAUGCUUAUGAUCGUGCGCUUCCAACUCAUGCCUAUGACCAACCACCGUCACCGCCUCCUCUAUGCAAGUACUUCACGUGGAUAGAUCAUGAAGUGCCAGAAGAUGUCCAAAAGGACCAAUAUCAAGAUUGUCUUAGGCGCCAGCGGCUGUUCGAAGAAAGGUUUCGAAGAGGCUUGGAGGAAGAGCGUCGUCAGAAGGAGAGGAUGGAGCGCAAGCAACACGAGGAGGAGAGGGCACGCCAAGCGAAGCUUGCUCAUGAGGAGGAGAGGGCAAGAAAGCUUGCAAAGGCUCGCAAGGCACAAGAGGAGGAUGAGGCACGUGACAAGAAGGGGAAAUGGCCCCCGUAUGACUCAGUAAAGCCUUCGCUUCGGUGGACUCGUCAUGUAACCGGAUGAAUCCAUGCCAAAUUUAUCAUGAACUAUGUAGUACUAAUUAAUGCA